AUGAAGCUUGCCCUCGUGUCGAUCUUGGCCAAUUUGGCCAGCAUCCAAUGUCUGGCCGUCUCAGAGCCCAGACAGGCUUCGACCUUCCCUUCGGCAAGCGGAACAAAGUUCACCAUCGAUGGCCAGACCAAGUACUUUGCCGGCAGCAACUCAUACUGGAUCUCAUUCUUGACGAACAAUGCCGACGUCGAUCUCGUAAUAGACAAUGUUGCGAAAGCCGGACUUAAGAUCUUUCGCGUGUGGGGCUUCAACGACGUGAACGCCGUCCCCGGCGGCAACCAGGUCUGGUACCAAUACCUCUCGUCGUCCGGGUCGCAGAUCAACACUGGCGCCAACGGACUGCAGCGCCUGGAUGCUGUCGUCGCAGCCGCGGAGAAGAAGGGCGUGAAGCUGAUCAUCCCCUUUGUGAACCAUUGGGACGACUACGGCGGCAUGAAUGCGUACGUAAAGGCCUUUGGCGGCUCCAAGGCGACUUGGUACACCAACAGCCAGGCCCAAACCCAAUACCAGGCUUACAUUCGGGCCGUGGUGGGCCGCUACAAGAACUCUCCCGCCAUUUUUGCCUGGGAGCUGGCCAACGAACCUCGCUGCAAUGGCUGCAGUACCGAUGUGAUCUUUCAGUGGGCGCAAACGACUUCCCAGUUUGUAAAGUCAUUAGAUGCGAGCCACAUGGUGACUCUCGGCGACGAGGGCAUGGGCCUUCCCGGUGACGGAAGCUAUCCCUACCAAUACGGCGAAGGGACAGAUUUCGUCAAAAACCUCGGCAUCAAGACACUCGACUUUGGCACAUUCCACAUGUACCCCGAUCAUUGGAACGUCGAUCUUAAAACCUGGUCCCCCGGCUGGAUCAAAUCCCACGGUGAGGCUUGUGCCAAGGCCGGCAAACCUUGCCUUUUUGAAGAGUACGGUUCCCUGAGUGAUCACUGCGCCGUUGAGGGACCCUGGCAAGAGGUCUCGCGGACCGCGCCCGGACUCGGGGCCGAUCUUUUCUGGCAGUGGGGGGAUCAGCUGAGCACAGGACAGACACACGACGAUGGAUUCACGAUUUACAAUGGCAGUAGCGACUAUCAGUGCCUGGUCGUCAACCAUGUAAAGGCAAUCAAUGGGUGA